GUGUGGUCCGUGGCUGAAAGCUGAGGCAUGGUUCCGCGAUGCGUGGCACACUGAACACCAUGUAGGGCUGACGCAGCGAGGGACAAACUUCUUCUAUGGCAGCGCUGCCGGAUAACGUGAUCAUCAUGGAAGUUUACAACGACGCCGACUUGAGCGAUCCGGUGCCAGCCUACAAUGGCGAGCAGAGCCCGCCUCCGGUAUUGCUCAAGCCAUCUGCGGCUGGAACGAAAGACUUCGUCACCGUCGUGUCCGUAGAGGACUCUGCCGGUGGCAGCGUCGUCUCGCCGGGGCAAAAUGACCGCGACAAUUAUGUGACGCUGUUAGAAGUCGACGAUACACUUAGCGCCACCGAAGAAGUGCUCGUGUACCGCCUUCCCGGUGAGAGGCUUGGCAUGGCCCUCAAGUUCGUUGGAGGCACUGCGGCCGCCGAUAAUGUGUCCAGGGUCUUCAUUCAGUCCAUCACGCCCGAGAGCCCGGCUUCCAGGGCGCAGUGGAAGAUAUCGCCCAUCAAGGAAGGCGACGAGAUCCUCGAGAUUGGCGAUACCCCCGUCACCUCGAUGACUCGUUUGGACUGCGUAACACUGCUCCGAGAUUCUCCGGUGUGCAUCAAGCUGCUGCUGCGACACCAGGGCGAGUCGUCGGCGGGUCGAGCUCGGAAGAACCCGCCGCCGCCGAUUCCGCCGCGGAAGUCCUCCAUCGGAGGGUGCAAUGGGAGCGAACUCGCCGCAGCAGCGCCAACGACGAGCGUUCGACAGCAUGUCGAGCUGUUCGAGAAGCACGCCUCGGGUAUCGAGCGCAGUCCAUCUCUGCGGAGGCCUUCCAUUCCACCGCCGUUGCCGCCGCGCCGUCCAAAAUGCAGCUACUCCGAUUCGGAAGAGCAAUCGCAGACGCCCACGUUUCCGGGCAUGUCGCUGAGCAUGAGACUUCCGGGAUGGGAAGAGCUGAUGCGGAAACGCGGUGGCAGUGGGGACAAGGGUGACCGGCCCGUCCAGCCAGACUUCUACAUGGACCUCCUAGCCGAAGAAGACAAGAAGCUACUCGAGUGCGAGUCCGAUGACACCGGCAGCUCCGUUUCGACCGUCAUAGAGAAGUUCUCGAGAGCAAGCACCGCCAACUCGAGUUUUUCUGAGCACACUCGGCAGCAGUCGCUCGACAGGCCGUCCCACACGUUCGAUCUGGAGAAAGUUCUGAGUCCCUUCGAGCAGCUGGAGCGAGAACUAGACGGCCACGAAGAAACGUGCGUGGACGACGACGAGCAAGAUCUUGAUUUCGUUGACGAUCCUGGAAUCCUCAACGACGGCAAGGACGCGCUCUGCGACGUGCUGGGUCUACCGUCGCCUAUCGCACCCCCAGAGUCCUUUCAAGAUAUGUCGUCACCGCAGCAGUGCCUUAACGAAGUCAUCUGCAGCGACACCGAGUACCACUUGACCUCGGAAGAAGAUCAAGAAUCCAGACCAGACACGCUGUCCCCUCUCCAAGAACAAGAAGAAGGCUCUGACCAAGAGGUUGGCACGGAAGUUGACAGACGACUGGCGGACGCAAAAGAAAGCCAUGUCGCCGCAGCCAUGGCUCUUGACAAGCUAUUACAACUUGACUUCUGCUCGUCCGAGCCGACUCCACGCCGUGACGAGCGCGAACGAUCCCCCGUUGAACGUGAGUGCGCCCCGAAAGAAGAGGAGGUGCACCCUGCGGAUGCCAACGAGCAGAGCAGUUACGACGACGACAAUGACGACAUCGCCUUCGAGCUGCGCAGACACGCGGAACCUUUGCAGCAGGCGCAGGAGCUGCUGUCAUACUCCAAAGUCGUCAAAACGACAGAGCACUGUUCGAGCUCCACCGUCGUUAUCCGCAACGGCCUGCUCGACUCGCGUGGCAGCCAGAGCUUCUUCGAGGCGCUGGAAGAGAUGGACACAUGCUUCGCGUCGCCUGCCAAUAAAGAGAUCCUGAGCGAGCGCACAAUUACCAUCUCAAGUCAGCGGAGAGACGAAUUGGUCGGAUGCCCGGCGAGCAGCACGGACAUUGAACCAGAACCGGAAUACAAAGACCCCCUGCGCACAUACCAGAGCUCCGCUUGCGUCACGCUGACCCCUGGUGGCAGUGGAUCUGACGGCUACGCUGAACCGGAGGGCACCGUGAACGUCGCCUCGCGCUUCGACGGCGGUGCCGACGAAGAGCCGAGCGGUAGCGACGACUCACUUCCGAACGACAUGCUGGAUUCCUGUGGCGGAUACCGAGACGAGACCGACGACGCCGUAGCACGCGCUACGGAAGACGUCGUCAUGGAAGGCCGUCUCCUGGACAGCCCCGACUCGGACGUGUGUCAUCCCGGCCUCGACGUGGUGGCUGGCAUGUACGGCGUGCUUCCGCCGCCGCCCGAAGAAGAGCGGGCCGCGGUCGAAGGCUGCUGCAGCGGCGCGCCGCACCCGUCGGAGGCAGCCGACGCCGCGGCGCUGCUCGAAGGCAGCGACAUGGACACCAUCCCCGAGGAAGAGACCGGCAGCGAGCUGCUGACCGAGAGCAGCCAGCUGGACAGCGACAGGUCCGAACCGGAGGACUCGUCCGAGUCACCGAUGCCCAGAGACACGCCCGAUGAGGGAUCCGAAGAAGAGAACAAAUCUGACUGGGCGCUGCCAUCGACUGUCGGGCAGGUCGACGAUCUUGCUCCCAGUGGUGAUGAAGAAAUCUUGAGCCCCAUCGAACACGAAACACCCAGCCCGUUCAGGGAGAGGGAGGAGAAGUCCCGGACUCCGGACUCGGAAGACCCCAUGAGCUCUGACGAGGGCGGCGGUGGAGGCUUCCCGUCCCUGCUGCUGCGGCGGCUGCCACCCGACGGCCACGAGUUCCCGACCGCGUACAGCGAACCUUCGCUGCCCAAGGCGCCGCCUCCACCAUCCGCUGCUAUCAGCGCUUCCGGCUCCCAGGAAGACGCGCUGCCCCUCAAAAAGCCCAUGCACGUGUACGAGGACUCUGGCAUCUUCUCGGACGACCCGCUGUCCUCGCUUUCCGCUUCCGAAGGGGAAGAAAAGACGAAGGUCGCGGCGACCAAGUCGCCCAAGGAGUGCUGCAGUCGCCAGGGUGACGGGCGAGCCGCCGUUGCCGGCGAAGAAGCGCCCUGGACCAACGGCGUCGACAAGGACUCCACGACGUCGCCACCGCCAGCUGCGAUGAUCGCGGCCGAGCCACCGCCUGCUGGCGCGGCAGCCAAGGAGGACACCAAGUGCCUUCCGGCGAUGUUCGCGUCGACGCCCCUGCCCACGCCGGCGGCCCAGUACAGCUCCCCUCUCAUCCUGGACAGGAGGGCUUCGGCCGAGGCCACGCAGAAGAGAUACUCCGGCAUGCUUGCCUCCAUGCUUGAAACGACCAAGUUCGGCACCAAGCUCAAGGGGCUCGUCAUUCCCGACAAGCCCAAGGCGCCUGCGACGGUGGCCAAGACGCUGCCUGUGAUUGUGAGCAACUCCGUUGUGCCAGCGUCUAACAAAAUGGUCGCUACCUUGGAGGAUAGCAAGCCUAGGAGGGACAGCAAACACUCUCCGCCGUCGCCGAAACACACUGCCUUGCUCGCCGAUCCUCCGUGGAAGACGAAAGAGGUGGCCGAGGUUCCCAAGUACUCGCCAGCGUUCAAGCGCCGAUCUCUCCAGGUGUCAAAGUCGUGCGAUGUGUCUCCCGUGCGCGGCGGCUCCCAGAAUGCCUUCCAAUUCUCCCUAACGCACAGCAAGCCCGUGACGCCAGUCCUGCCGGAAACGCCCGUCAUGUCUCCGCCUCCGCUGAGCUACACGUCCUCCGGAAGCAGGUCGAGGUCGAACAGCAGCUCCUCUACCUUCUCCAAUCCUUCCAGCAGUGGAUGUUCGUUGGAAAUAGCCAAGAAAAGCCGGGCCGAUUCGUUCGCAAUGAGUGACAGCGAGCAGAAGCAAACGCCCACUGUCGUUUCUGAAACGACCGUUGCAAAUGGUAAACCUUAUGGGCAGUCGCCGCUUCUGGAGCGGUAUCUCUCUAGUUCUACCUAUGAUGAAAAGAACGCCGAGGCAAAAGUGUCGAGGCAGAACAGCGUAAAAAGCGUUUCGUCCACCGAUUCUCGAAGUGAUGCAAAGACAAUUACAAAUGGUCAUGACGGGCCCAGUGCAAAGUACAAUUCUGAGCGGAGAAGUUCGGCUGAAAUUCAGCGGAAAAAUUCCUUCGGCUCCGCAGACGCUGUGAUUCAGGAGGCGACAGCACCAAUGGUCAGUGCAUCUAGCAGCCCUCCUCAAGUUCAGCGGCUAACCACGGCUGAAACGAAGUGCGACGAAAGCAGGAAGGCGGCGAGGACAUGGGAGACCACGUCGCUCAAGGACGCCAAGACGAAGUUCCGUUCGAUGGACGACCGUAGCUGGAACUCGCAGUUCAGGCGAAACUCUUGCGAGCAGCCGGUGUACUCUACAAGAGUGAACAGUGCCUCUAGCCUUAACGCGGACCAGAGGACACGGUCUCUGGACCUGAAGGAAAGUCCCAGCGAAGCGUGGCAAAAGAGCGUUAGAGCCAGUCAACUUGGUCAACAAAAAACGGUGCUCAAGAAAACGAUCGACAGCGCAGGCAGCGCGAAGAGCUUCAAAGCUCUGGCUCAAAAGUGGGAGCAGAGGUCCCAGGACGCACAAGGAAGCGUCCCGCAAGCACCGAGGAAAGACAUAGUCGUUACAAAUGGCAAGAGUCAUCCGCCGGUUGCUCCCAAGCCCCACGAAUAUAAUAGGCAAAGCCAGUACAUCGUUGCUAACGGAAAGGCGUCCCCAUCGACGUCAGCCGAGUACUCUCCCUCCGUGCAACUACGCUCCCAGAAAUAUUCUCUCUCGAGACCCGCAUCGAUGUACGAGGAGAGGGACAAACCGCGCCUGAGCACUGAUUGGCCAGAGUCGCAUCCUUCGUCUUAUCUCCGAACCAAGGUGGACAGGCCAUCUAGCGCGACUUACAGAAGCAGCAAGAACUGCUCGCCUUCGCUCAGCGUAAACGACAUCAAAAAGGCGUUCGAAACCGAAGCUGCGAAAGUGCCUCCGCGGACCCUGGCCUCUCUCCGAGCCAUGAGGUCCGAACAACAGCUUCCACUUCCCGAGCACCGGCGGUUCUCCUCGAUCGACUCGAACGAUUCAGGCAACAGCACUGCUUCGAGGGAACAGUACUCUUCCAUGACCUCCCUGGCCUCCACUAGCAGUCUCAUCUCGCCCCAGGAACUUCAACAACUUAUCGACGAGGCAAACCAAUCGCUGGACGAAGCUGGCGCCUCUGGACAUGACAUUCACGUCGUCAUCCUCCACAAGGACUCGCCAACAAGCGGACUUGGGGUCACCCUUGCAGGUGGCUCCGACUACGAAACGAAAGAAAUUACGGUCCACAAGGUAAUCACCGGGGGUCUGGCAGACCGGGACGGGCGAAUCAGGAAGGCCGACCGAAUCCUCUCCAUCAACGGCAAAACAAUGAAAAACGUGACGCACAAGGACGCCAUCGACAUCCUCAAGUCGCCAAGGCAGGAAGUAGUGCUGGUCAUCUCGCGGGAUGGCCGCCAGUCCGUGCGGACGACGCCCAACAUCAGCCGGGCCUCCAGCUUGUCUUCCGUCCUGGACGUGGUCGACGAGCCCGAGGUCGUCCCCUCCUCCGCCUCGCCUGUGACCGAGGCUCAGCAGAGCCCCACGCCUGCCAAGCACGAAAAAAUCGUCCUAGUGAAGGACGGCCUUGGCUUGGGAUUCACCCUGGAAGGUGGCAAAGAUUCUCCGCUCGGGGACAAGCCGCUAGUCGUCAAGAGGAUCUUUAGAGGAGGCGCUGCCGAGCGGGACGGGCGCCUCCUGGUGGGCGAUGAACUUGUCUCCAUCAACGCUCAACCCGUGUGCCUGAUGACGCGUACCGAGGCCUGGAAUUUCCUCAAGAAGCUGCCCGACGGAUCGCUCACCCUGCAAGUCGUCCGCCGGGCCUGUUGAACGACGAGCGGAUGUUGCGCGCUGCCAACUUGUACAAAUGUGACUUUCUUUCUUUUUUUUUUGCGGUGCCACUCGUCAUCGCAAGGAUCCGUCGGACUUUCGUCGCCCUUUGCAAGACGUGCUCCGACACACAGCAGGUUGCCGUGUUGAAAGUGUGCGAGGACGAGCACCUGGUCUGGUCCAAGAACCACUGCGACGUCUGCACAAGCGCUACUGCACAGCGAAGGCUGCUCGCCCUAUCGUACAGGACCGUGCAAAGUUCGGUUUGUUGUUAACAUGCGACCGGACACGGCGAUCGCAGCUGGCAAGCUUGCCGAAUGCGUACGGUAUUACACAUGGCUUCACGUGAUAGCGUCUAUGAACUGAACAGUCUGCAAAAGCUACCUGCGGCGAUGAUUACGUUGCAGUGCUGUUUCUGCAUCUUGACGUCGCUCCUUCAGCGUAUCAUUGUUGGGAACGUAUACUUUCUAACCGCAAGUGCCAUCACGCACAAGGUUAUGUUUUUUUUUUCGGUUCGCUUUUUAGAACUGUGCCGGUCUUUGCAUUUAAAGAUGGAUUGUUUCUGGGAGAGUUGCCUCCGUUUAUAGGAGUGAUGGACUGGUCUUUACCCUUGUUCAUUGCACAGAAAGGUGUCGCGAGGCGGACAGUAGAGAGGAAUUUGGGGAAGGUCAAAUCUCUUCUUUUCCACUGUAGUUCUUUCGCUUGUGCCUUCACACAGCUUGUGCCUCGUAUUUUGUGCUGCACGGCGCAGCCAACUGUAAGAUAGUAAUAUAUAUUCCUAACGCUUUAGCCUCGGCCACCACUGCCAUAACUGGAAUGGUACGUUGUUUAUGCUUUCGUUCGUCAGCAGUUCGGAGGCGACAAGCCACAGAAGAGCGUCAUUUCUUUUCUUCUUGUUCUUUUACGCGAUUAUUGCCACAGAUGCCAGGCAGUCAUUGGCUUAGUGUGGUUGAUGUUGCUAAAAACGACAGUGGUGCAGAAUGCUCUUAUAUAUUUCGUGUACGCAAAGCCAACAGGGUGCUUCGAUCAAAGUGCCAAUAUGACAAGAUGCAGGAGACAACGUACUUUUUUUCUGACAUGGCUACUGAAAUUUAACGGACCUUGGUGACUUAUGUCGGCCACAAAGCCGGAGUCAGUGCCCGGUGUAGAAAUGUUCUUUUUGCUUUAUACAAAUAUUAAUGAUAUAUUCCGAAAGGUGAAGUUUGAGGAGUAUUUUGUCAAGCAAUAUAACAAAUCUAGCUGUGAAGCAAUUAAAAAAACGCCUAUUUAUAUAUGUACUAGGAGAGUCGUAUGAAUUAUUUUUGUAAUAUAUAUUUUCUUUAUCCUAGAGGUGCGUCAAAAACGCACUUAUCUUUUACGUUUCUAAGCCGACUAGUGCCUUAGAACAAUGGCUACAACUGAUAAUCGCACAUGCUUCUUUUCUUUUUGAUGGUGGUAAGAAGUACUUUUAUAACAUUCGAUCGAACGCACACACAAGCGUCGCAUUUCUAACGAUUUUCUUCGCAAUUUUAUGACAGUGUUUGACACUCCUAAAUCAAAGCGGAUCGCAUUCACGCCUUACAUCAUAUUUCUUUUUUUUCUAUUACACAUCUGCGCUUUCUGUUUCAUGCUUCGGUUGAACAACCGGUAAACGUCAUUGUGCAGUAACAACCUACAUUUCUUUUUGUAUGAGUGACUGUAAAUCAGUUGUGGUAAAUAAACUUCAGUGAAGCCUGUUGA